AUGGCUCAAAACCCCCCCGGCCAACCCCGAAGCCGGGACCCACCAAGAAAGGCCAGCAACCCCAUUAUAGGCGGCUGGUACGCCGAUCCAGAACUCCGCAUCUUCGACAACAAAUAUUACCUCUAUCCCACUGUCUCUACCGCAUACGAGUGCCAAAAGUACUUCGAGGCAUUCGUCUCCACAGACCUAGUGACCUGGAUAAGUGUCGGGCGCAUCUUUGACUUCAAAGAUGUGCCAUGGAGCACCAACCGUGCCGCCUGGGCGCCCUCGGUCGGCUGCAAAGACGGCCUCUACUACCUCUACUUCUCAGCCGGGGACGGCGUGGGCAUUGGCGUGGCUUCUUCAAGAUCGCCUGCGGGUCCGUUUGCUGAUGUCCUCGGGAAGCCCUUAGUAGGAGAAGAUGUGUUUGGAGCGCAGCCAAUCGAUGCAAUGGUAUUUAUGGAUGAGGAUGGGCGGAACUACUUGUAUUGGGGCGGGGGGGGGCAUGCCGUCGUAGCUGAGCUGGGAGAUGAUAUGGCUUCCUUUAAGGGGGGAAUUAGAGAGAUUACCCCCGAGAAGGAAUACGUCGAAGGUCCGUGGAUGAUGAAGAGGCGGGGGAUUUAUUAUUUCAUGUAUAGUGUUGGUGGAUGGGGUGACUCGUCCUACGCUGUCAAAUAUGUCAAAGCAGACAAUCCACUUGGUCCCUUCGACGGCCCAGCCAAGAAGAUCCUCAGUAGUGAAUUAGCUAUCGGCACAAGCACUGGGCACAACAGCGCCUUCAAUGUUGGGGAUGAUUACUACAUCGUCUACCAUCGACGGCCCACAGAUGAUAAUGAGCGCGAUCACCGCGUAGUGUGUAUUGACAAGAUGUAUUUUACCAAUGAUGGCGAGAUUGGGGUUGUUAGGAUUACAAAUGAGGGGGUAGACGAGAGACCGUUGAAAAGUGAAUGUUGA